AUGUCUGAUUUCGUCGGUCAAUUGCAGUCUUCUUUGAAGUCCAUCGAUAAUAAACUUGCUGGCAACUCCAUUCUUAGCCAGUUCGAGUCGUCCACCCAAUUGCCAAGAUCCUACGCUGUUGUCGGUGCUGGUGUGUUUUACUUCAUCUUGAUCUUCCUCAACUUUGGUGGGAUUGGUCAAUUGCUCUCCAACAUUGCUGGGUUUGUCGUUCCAGGAUACCUGUCUCUUUUGGCCUUGAGAACCUCCACCUCCAAGGAUGACACCCAGCUGUUGACGUACUGGGUUGUCUUUGCCUUCUUGAACGUUAUCGAGUUCUGGUCAAAGGCGCUUUUGUACUGGAUCCCAUUCUACUGGUUUAUCAAGACAUUGUUCUUGCUCUAUUUGGCACUUCCUCAAUUCGGAGGCGCCCAGGUUAUCUACAACUCUGUUCUCAAGCCACUUGCCGACCAAUACGUUCUUCCAAACCAGACAGACAACUUGGCUGACAAGGUUGAUGAGGCUGCUGAAGCUGUCUCCUCUGGUGUCGAUCGUCACUGA